UAGCAACCAAGGCCGACGGUACAUGGAUCGCUCGCCUUUCUCCACCCCACCUUGGGGCGUGUGGACAGAUGGCGAGGACGAAGAGGCGAUCGAAUGUCGGAGGGGUGAGGACGAGGACGACCCUUGGCGGCAUCUCGAGUCGGUGGAAUCGGCCGAGACGCAGGCGUUCGUGGCUGCGCAGAACGCCCGAUCGAGACGGUUGCUGGACCGACACCCAUGGAGGCAACGCCUGGCACAGACCGUGGACCGCUGCCUGACCUUUCGCCGCGUUUCGUGUCCGCGCCUCCAGCAGAACGGGUGCUACUACUGGCUGCACACCGGCGAUCGCGAGGCGCGCGACGUCAUCGUCCGCUCGAGGCAAGUCGACGAGCAUUUCGGCGGGGAUCCAGGCGAGGGAGGCGCCGAGCUUCUAUUAGACCCUGCUUGGGCCAGUGAACAGACGUCCAUCUAUGCCUACAGCUUCAGCCCCUCGGGCAAGCUCUGCUGCGUCGUGCUCCAGGAGGCCGGCUCCGACUGGCUUAGCUUGAGGACGAUAGACGCAUCGACUGGCAAGCGGGUCGAGAAAAGCGAUCCAACCUGGUCCAAGUUCACCUUUGGUGUCUCUUGGAUCUCUGAGGAAGCCUACCUCUACAAGCGUGCCGUCGAAGUAGUAGGGGCCAGAGAAAUGGGUGUGCCCGACCCUGCCUUUGGCCUCUUCCUCCAUCGAGUAGGAAGCGACCCUGAGCUGGACGUCAAUGUGCUUCCCUUUGGAUCCCUCUUUACCAACAAGCCUUUAGUCUGCGAGUCACUGCCAAGCAGGCCAGGGCAGCAUAGGUGGCUCUUCGUUGAUAUGUACAAGAGCACGAACCCAGAGUCAGAGACAUUCCUUGUCGAGCUCAAGUCGGACGAGGCCGACGAAGUCAAGGACAACCUCAGCAGAAGCAGGAGGUGGCUCUCCAAAGGUUUCACCGGCCUGACUACCUAUAUCGGCACGCUCUGCGACCGACACCUGUUCAUCUCGACGGAUACCAGCCACGAACGAGGCAGGGUUGUCUCAUACUCGGACGAGGCCAUCGGUGCAGCGCCUGUCGAUGGGCUGGUACCGAUGGACGAGCUGGUGGGCGAGAGCAGCGACGUGAUACAGUCGGCGCACCUCGCAGGGCGCAGCAAGGUCCUAAUCAUCGUCUACAUGCGCGACGCAUGCAGCGCUCUAGCCUUCUUUGACGCACAGACGGGCCGCCGGCUGGCGGAUGUGACGACCGACGUCCUUCCUGAGUCGGCAGCCAUCUCGGAAGUGUCAGCGCGACCCGACUCCGACGACUUCUACCUCAAGGUCGAGACACUCAUCAGCCCGCCCUAUGUCGUUGUCGGCCGCGUCGUCGAGUGCGAGAUGACCCUGGCCCGGCUCCUGGCCGCAGAUGAGGAGGACCAGAAGCUUGUGUGCAGGCGCGAGUUCUACCAGUCGCACGACGGCGUCCGCGUGCCGCUCUUCAUCUGCCAUGCUAAGGAUCUGCGUCUCGAGGACGGGAUGAGGCGACCCACGCUGCUGCACGCCUACGGAGGCUACUCUGUCUCGCUCCAGCCGUUUUUCGAUCCCUUCUUUGUCACAUUCAUGCGCGAACUCGGCGGCGUGUUUGCCAUGGCCUGCAUCCGUGGUGGCGGCGAGUAUGGCCGGGCGUGGCACGAGGCGGCGCUAGGCGCUUACCGCACCGUCGCGUUUGACGACUUUGUCUCUGCCGCGCGGCACCUUCAAGAGACGCUGACCGAGCCCAGCCUUACGGCCUCCUACGGCAUCUCCAACGGCGGCCUCCUCGUUUCGGCGUGCAUGGUGCGCCAACCCGAUGCCUUUGGCGCCGUCAUCUCCGAGGUGGGCGUUCACGAUCUGCUGCGCUUCCACCGUUUCACCCUGGGCCGCCUCUGGAUGGGCGAAUUUGGCAAUCCAGACGACGCCCGGGACCGCGAGUACCUUGUCAAGCUCUCGCCCCUGCACAACGUCCAAGCAGGCGAGCGAUAUCCACACGUGCUCUUCACGACAGCGGACCACGACACGAGGGUGGUGCCCAGCCACUCGCUCAAGAUGCUCGCCGAGCUGCAGAGCAAGCCUCACGGCAGAAGUGGUCGCGUCUUGGGUCGCAUCUACGAGAAUGCCGGGCAUGAGGGUGGGUCAUUUCGGCCACUGGGGCGUGUGGCGGACUCCACUGACACCUGCCUUUGUCUUCGUCGCCACUAGCCGAGAGCAAGGCGCGCCAGCAGAAGAUAGACGAGGCCGUAGACCGACUCGUCUUCCUCCUCUGCUCCCUCUCUCGAUCGCAAGAAAGAAGGGAAGAGUAGAAGCAGGAAGAGCGACGAUCAUGAAUAGAUCAGCUGGCGAAAUGUAAUUGAGAUUCUCG